AUGUCAAGUCAUUUCGGUUUAGCUCCCAGGAGGGCGGAAAAAUUUGCAGAAAAAGGCCAAAAGGGUGUUGUUGUUGUUGAUGAUGAUGAUGGUGAUGAUGAUGAUGAUGAUGUUGAUGAUGAUGCCUUCAAGGCUCUGUCUAUCCAGGAUUAUGAGAAAGACGCAAGUGAUGUGCAUGAAGACGGGCUAGAGAGCGAGAUUAGUAUCGAAAACGCAACAGUCUUGGAAGCGCGGGUGCAGACGCUGACCAGACUGACUCCUUCCCCGCUGCCGUCACGACGACGUUCUCGCCUGAGUCCAAUGCGAGGAACAUUCAGGAGCAGCUCGAUGCCAUCCGAAGGAAGUACAACUUUAGUUGAAGUUCUUCAUCCCCUCCAUCAGUCGCAGACCUCUUCUACAGCUGAAGGAUUCUCUCCUUACAUCGAAGAUUCGAGCAGCUCGCAAAGAUGGUCUGAGUCACCAGCGAGGCGCCUGCCCUUCGCCAGCCCUGACCCAUCGUUGCAUCUGGCGACGCCAUCGGUACAAUCAUCGGCUUUGCACGAAGUACUUGACCGGAAUGCGCAAUGGGAAAGCCUAGAUUUGGAUCUGGUGGAAUACGGUUCAGACAGGGUUUGGUCCUCUUCGCAACGAACAGCACCAAUAUCAGCACACACAAGCGACAGGGUAAGCAUUGAUCUAUCUUCGCCGCUUCAUGUGCCUAUCCAACCAACGUCAUCUUCGCGGUUGCUCUCAUCUGGUAGAAUAAGCGCGUCCGAACUCCUUGUGGCAAUGAAUGCAUUUCUCUCGCAUGCGACUCCAUCGAAACGUCGAAGAUUUGCAGCCUCAACUCGAAUGCUGUUUUCGACAUAUGACCAAGAAGCCGUCACCGAAAAUGUAAGUCCUGCUGAGCAAGUUUCGAUAUCUGUGGAUCCAAAGUUAGAACCAGAUGUCCAAAAGGAUACAUCAUGCGAGACUUUGCCAUCAUCUGCAUCCAAAAACACAACCGUCGCUUCGAGCAAUUAUCCUGUGCUCACUGAGUCGCUUGUCGUCGACUCAAAUCGUAAGAUGAAAGAUUGUCCAAAGAGCUCCAUGACUGAAUCGUUGCCCUCAGGAGCCGUUGCAAGAUCUGCAGAUGGCCACUCUGAAACCCCUCGGACGGAUAUACUGGAUCGACUAGCGACGAACAACGAGCAUUUACGAGACUUGAUCAUGUCGUGGAAAACGGCCAAAGGGUCUUCAUCUGCGGAGACUCCAAUUCCAACACCGCCGCCAGCAUCAAAACCUCGAGGAAGCGCAGCAGGACGCAGAGCCGCCGGUUCGCCAUGCCCUCCGAUUGCUUGUGUACACAGCCCGUCGGCGCAAGAGCGGCCAGGUGUGAGCCGUGGCAAGAAAAGUGUAAGCCGUCGCUCAAACUGCUCAUCUCAUCCUGAGAGUCCCGUCACGAACGCGCCUCCCGUUCGUCAGUCUAGGCCCAGCAAGGCGAGGUUCGGCAUGGCAGCGUUGAACACAGAGCCUCUGUCUGGCGUCCCGCCACGACCACCAUCGCCGACGCCGCUGAGCCAAGUAAAAGGCGGAGUUGCGACCAGGAGAUCGGAGAACAAGGAGAACGUCCAGCCGCCCGCAACACCGAAGGUCCCGUCCCUUCAGAAACCCAAAGGCCUCGUGCCCGUCUCAAGCCCGGAGUCAGAGCGGCGCCGAGCGGUCCCGAAGCAGCUUAAGAUUCCCAGAACUAGCCAGCCAGAUGCCCCGACCCGAUCGAUAAUCGCUGCGCAUGAACCACGCAAGCCUUACCGGGUCGACCAAGGUCGAUGA